AUGUUGUUGAUUUUUUGAACGCUUGACUGUGGUGGUCUGAACAUAGCAUUACUCAUAUGGGUAUAAUCGGGUGGAAUAGUAAAUAACAAUACAUUUAAUAGUAGAUACUGUAUUUAUAUUCUUCCAACUUCCAUAAUACAAUUAAAAUGGGUUGUUGCAGCUCUGAACCAUCAAAUGUAAGUCCAGAAAAUGCUGAUGAUACAAACGGAAGAAAAUGCACUGAUGUCUUCUGGCUAUGUGUUUAUAUUUUGUUUUGGUUUGUUAUGAUUGUAAUAGCGACAUUCUCUUUUGUUUAUGGUAGCCCACUUCGUAUUGUAAAUGGAUAUGAUUCUUUUGGUAACACUUGUGGCACUAAAAACAAUAAACGUAUUGGGAAUUUGGAAAUGUCUGGAAUUGAUACUGCAGACAAACCCUAUCUUUUAUUUUUUGACUUAAAGGAGUUACGGCAUUCUCUCAAAAUAUGCGUUAAUAAAUGCCCGGAAACAAAAAUCAGUAAAAUAGAAGAUUUUCAGACAUACUAUUGGAAAUCAGGCAAUAACCUUUGUAAAUAUGGUUUUGAUUUUAAACACUUUAGCAACAACAGCAUUAAGGAUAAAAAUAUGCUAAGCAGUCCUUUUGGGCCAUGUCCAGUUUUACCAGUUUAUAAAAGUAAACCGAUAUUGAAUCGAUGUGUACCAAAGUCAAUUAAAGACUUAGCUGAAGGUUUGCUUUCAAACAUAUAUGAACUUUUAAAUCAUUGGGAUUUCCUUGAGCAAAUUUUACGAGACUUAUACAGCACAUGGAAGCAUAUAUUGGGCCUUACAUUUCUAGCAUUACUAUUUUCACUGAUGACGAUCUCCCUGCUACAUUUACUCGCACAUUUAGUAACUUAUAUAAUUAUGGUAUUGGUAACUGUAGCAUGUGUAGCAGGUACAGCUUUUUUAUGGUAUACAUAUUUUGAUAUUAAAAGAGGACUUGAUUCUGCUGAUGGCAAUUAUAUUCUUAUGCAAAUUGCAAGAAAUGAAACUGCCUUUUGCUGGUUUUCAAUAAUUGCUACAAUUAUUACGAUAAUAAUUUUGAUACUUAUAUUUAUCUUAUAUGGUCAAGCUGGAUUUUUAGCUGAAUUGUUUAAAGACACCACAAAAUGCAUAAUGCAAGUUCCUGGCCUAUUUCUCCAGCCACUAGCUACUUUUGGAGUUAUGUUGGUCUUUUUUUGUUUUUGGGUUACCGUUGUUUUAUGUUUAGCAACGGCAUACUAUCCAGGGACUACAGCAAUCGACAGUCCUCUUUUAGCCUCUAAAUCAAACUUGGCUCCAACAGAAUUAUCUUCUACUAAUGUAGGAUUUGUUAAAACGUUCAGUAAUGAAUCAGUACAAUUAAAGAAGUUUACUGUGGUCGAAUUUGUUGAUCCAUUAUGGGUAAAGUAUAUGUGGUGGAUUUAUCUCAUAGGUCUAAUUUGGACUUCUGAAUUUAUUAUGGCUUGUCAGCAGAUGGUCAUUGCAGGUGCUGUUGCUCAUUGGUUUUACAGAAAUAAGUAUAAAGACGAUUCUCACAUCAGUUACGCCAUUGGUAAGCUUAUUAAGUAUCAUUUAGGAUCCGUUGCAUUAGGCUCACUUUUGAUUACCAUAGUUAAAAUUCCACGUCUAAUAUUAACUGUUUUACGUGCAAAAUUGCAGAAAUACAAAGAUGAGGGAAGCGAAUGUGCUAAAUGUUUGUUGAAUUGUUGCAUUUGUUGCUUUUACUGUUUGGAAAAGUUCAUACGUUACCUAAAUCAUAAUGCUUACACAGUGAUCGCCAUCGAUGGCUCCAGUUUUUGUCCUGCUGCAAAAACGGCGUUUGAGGUACUCACACAACACGCUCUACAAGUAGCCACCAUUAAUACUCUUGGCGAUUUCAUCCUCUUUUUAGGAAAAUGUCUUGUAACAGCAUUGACAGGGGUUGUUGGUUUAUAUUUAUUCAGAAAAAAUCCUGAUUUGACGUUUUACGCAGCUCCUACAUUGCUUGUUUGCGUAUUUGCUUUCUUUGUUGCCCACUGUAUUCUUUCUCUAUAUGAGAUGGUUCUUGAUACGGUAUAUUUAUGCAAAUGUCAAAGCGAGGAAUCAUCAAAAGAAAUGCAACUACAAGAACUGACUUCAAAUGAUAAAAAUGGAAAAACUUCAAUGGAUUUACCUGAUGCUGAAUUGCAGCCUAUAAAAGAAUAAGUAGUCGAUAAAACUGAAUAUUUUGUUGAACUGUGUUCCAAAAAAUUACGUCCAAUAUUUAUGUUAUUUUGAAUAAGUCACAUUCAGUAUUAUGUACACCCAGUUAUAAGGAUGUAUAUUUUUAAGGAGAUUAAUAAUUGUUUAACAACUAAUCGUAAGUAUUUGGUUAAGAAAAAACGCACAACAGUCAUUGAAUUAAUCAUAAAACUAGCCUACGUAAUUAAAAUUUUGUGGAUAAAUAAUUUCGUGGUACUCCAUUGUCAGAAAAGCAAAGUUAUUCCAAAAAUAUUUUAGGGAAGUCUUAUUAUUGUUUUUUACGUAAUUAAUAAGCAAUUAAAAACUGGAAUAAAUAAACUUUUAAAGGCAAAGUAGGGAAUCCGUUGCCGUGCAUUACGCAGAAACUUUAUCGUAUAAAUAAACGAACUGCGAUAUAAUUAGAAUUAUAAUACUAAACUAAAUGGGGAAGUUUUACAACAUCCCAUUUAAUUUAGCUAUAGAUACACCUUUCGUAAAAUAUUUUUUAUAUGAUAUGCAUAAUUCAAAAAUUAAAAGAUAAAUGUAAUGAAUCCAUUUAGUUUAUAAUACCGUUGCGACAUACCCUCAUGAAUACAUUUUUUUUAUUCUCACUUCUUUAAAAUGUAACACAAAAAAGAAUCAACUAAAACUUCCCUCUAACACUUAAAUCGUACCAUCGAUUAUUCACUCAUUUUUCAUUACCAGAAUGUGCCCAAAUUCUGAGUUAUACAUACAUAGUCUUGACAGAGAAAAAAGACUAAUGUAGAAGUCCAGUUUUGAAUUAAUAAUCCGGACCCAAAUUCAGUCAAUAUGUAGAGCCGAGCGAUAAUUCUCGCUUCGAAAAAUUUUUAAAACACGUACGUUAUGCUUUUCUGGCAAAAAGGUUUGUUGUACAAACGGGGAUGUUUUACUAUCCCUUCUGAGCAAAAAAAAUUGAUGGCCGUCAUGCGAGUUUUACAGUGUAACUUCUUAAAACAACUGACUUCAGUACGCCAUGUGUACAACUGACCUAAUAGUAAGUCAAAAAGGCUUGUCCCUACUACAACGCCAUUUCCUGCUACUUUGAUGACUUUCUAAUUCACUCCAUUGUGAUUGGACUUUUAUACUAACGUCUUCUCUGGCCUUGAUAACAAUAGAAAAUAGAUACUAAGAUGUAAUAUAAAAUUAAACUAUUUUAUUAGAAUGAAAAUUGGUAUAAAAUAAUUUUUUGUAUAUUGAUUUACGGUAGAUAUAAAACAAAAACAAGUGCAUAUUGUUUUUUGCUUUUUUAAAUUGCUACUACGCUAAUGAUCAGUUAAUUAUAUUAACAAUUUCAUUAUUAACAAUUGCACAUUUUUGUUGUAAUUUAAGAGUGCUCUAAGAGUUUGUUCAAAUUAAUAUAUCCAUUAAAUGGUACAACAGAAAAAAUUAUUUGGUAUCUUUUAGUCAUCAUUCAAAUAAAAUUGUUUUGCAUUUUUAAUUUAAUUUUAGUAAG